CAUCAAAUAAAUAGGAAGACUUGUCUUCCACAAGCCAAAUUUAUAGCCCCAUUUAAUUAAAUUCAAUGAAAAUUAAAAAUUAGUAAACCAAAAUUUAAUAAGAUGAAUCAAAUGAUGAUGAUCACCAUAUUAUUAUUAUUAUUAUUAUUCUAAUUUUCUUCAAACAUAUUAUUCUAAAGAGGUCUCAUAGUAACCAUGGGUGGUUCCGAUGAUGAUAAGAAAGAGCAUCACAGGCACGCACUUAAUGUCAGCCACAAGGCCACACUCAUCUCCGUCUCCUCCUUAUUCGCCUUCACACUCCUCGUCAUCAUCUUCUUUCUAUACAUUAAGUACCGCCAGAACCGCCGCCGCGACAGGCGGCGCACGGACUUCAUCUCAAGGCUUGUCUCUGCUCAAAUCUCACCAUCCGAUUCAGUCAUACACAACACCAAUCACGUCCCUAAAAGCACCACCCGAGGCCUUGAUCCUCAGGUCAUAGACUCGCUGCCAGAGUUCGUCUACAAGUCCUCCUCCGCCGCCGCCGCAAACGGGCGGCGCGGGAGCCGCGGCGGCAGCAUAGAUGUGGUGGAGUGCUCCGUUUGCUUGAGCUCAAUAACUGAUGACUCGAAAGUAAGGCUGCUGCCGAAUUGUAAGCACUUGUUUCAUGUUGAGUGCGUUGAUAUGUGGCUUAGCUCCAACACAACUUGCCCGCUUUGUCGCGCUGCGGUUGAGCCCAAGGUCCCCACAGCCGAGCCGGAGGAGAGUAGCGCGGUGGAGAGGGUGGUGGUGCAACCCUCGGCUCCGCCGGUGGAUGAGUUGAGUUUGCUCCACGGCGAGGAAGAUCUGAAUAAAGCGAGUGGAUCGGGGUCAUCAGGGCCGUUGAGGAGCUCGUUUAGAAGAAUUCUUAGUAGGGAGAAAUCGUCUCGAUCAAGAUCGUCUCUUGGUGGUUGUUCGGAGUUAGCUGCGGUUGUUGAUCAUCAUGAUUUGGAGAGGCAGUGAUAUUGGUAUAUAUACAUAUAUAUAUACAGUUUACAUGUUAUAUAUAUAUAUAUAUAGUUUGAUCAUGUACUAUUUAAUUUUUGGUAUGUUUGUAUUGAGUUUUGGAGUUUCAUAUGUGAUCAAUUUAGAUAAGACAAAGUACAGAAAAAUUGUUUUUUAGAUGUGAAGAAUAAAUGUUCUAUAUGUCGAUGCUUUGGUGAUUUUUUUUGGGAAUAUUUUCUCUAAAUUAUUUUGGGAUAUAUGUAUUUUUGAACCAUGAUUUGAUUUGAUUUGUUUGAUUGUAUAAAUAUAUACAUAUAUAUAAUAUAUGUCAGAUGUUCGUGUG